ACAAAGCAAAGUUAGGGGAAAACAACCAAGAAGAUGGCUAUUUUCUCAGCCAUUCCUCUCGCCUCCUUCUUAAGAAUGAACCCAUGAGUCUAACCCCUUUUUUAAACGCAAUGUUCGAUCCCAUUUUGACAAAGCCUUGGUAUCAUUUAGCCUUAUGGCUCCAAAAUGACAACGAUGUUAAUGCUUUCGCCAGAAAACAUGGAACCACCUUUUGGGAAUAUCUAAGCCAUGAGCCAAAGUUAAACCAUUCCUUCAAUGAUGCAAUGGCUAGCGAUAGUCAAUUGAUUAGCAGAGUCUUAAUUGACAACCACAAAAAUGUCUUUGAGGGACUAAGCUCAUUAGUUGAUGUUGGAGGGGUAGGAACUUUGGCCAAGGCCGUUGCUGAUGCGUUUCCGCACUUGGACUGUGUUGUGUUUGAUCUUCCUCAUGUUGUGGCAGACAUACAAUGCAAAAACAACUUGAAGUAUGUUGCAGGAAACAUGUUUGAUGAAAUUCCACCAGCAAAUGUAGUGAUACUAAAGCGCUGCAAAGAGGCUAUAAAGAAGAAUGGGAAGAGUACUGGGAAGCUUAUCAUAAUAGAUGUGGUGAUGAAGGAUAAGGGAGAUGAGAAAUUGAUUGAAACACAUCUUUUCUUUGACAUGCUGAUGAUGGCGUUGGUUACAAGAAAGGAGAGAAAUGAAGAAGAAUGGGCAAAACUUUUCUCUGAUGCUGGUUUUAGUGCCUAUAAAUUACUUCCUAUAUUGGGUGUAAGGUCUCUCAUUGAGGUUUACCCUUAAAAAGUAUUGUGUUUUGAUCAUAUUUUCCAAUCCCAAAUUUUUGGGACCCAAUUUUAAGACAAAUUAUUUCAGCCAUUACUAAGUGAGUUCAUAUGAGAACCACACCAUGAUGAAUGAUUUUCAUAAAUUCAUCUUAAAUUUUGCUCCUAUCUCUAUUCAUGUCUCUAGUAGUAAUAGAUUUCAUUUUUUUUU